CCCCGUGGCUCGUGCGCUGUGCGCUCUGACGCGCGCGCGCUCUCUGAUCGUCUGUCUCUUUAGUGGUGGAGAACCUGGGAAACAUCCUUCCAUCCAUCCAAGCAUCUAUCAACCCUCAGGGUUUUGCAUUUGCAAGGAGGCCCAAAGAAGAGAUUGAGAAACAAACAAACAAACAAAAACCCAAAAAACAAAGAUGCGUCUCGCGCGGUGAGGACUCGGUACGGGUCACCUGUUGCUGGAGAAAGCAUGGGGGUGCUGAGCGCGGACCUGCGGGUCACCCUGCAGAUUUUGCCCGGCUUUUUCUCCAACUGCCUCUUCUUCGUGCUCUACGACUCGGUGGUGCUCGUGAAGCGCGUCGUCUCACUCGUGAGCCUGUCGUGCGGCGGCGGCGGAGGCGCGUGGCAGCAGCGCAUGCUUACCUCGGCCGGCGUGCGCUCCAUCUGGAAUAGCUUUCUGUUGGAUGCCUAUAAGCAGGUGAAAUUGGGCGAGAUGGCUCCAAACUCAAAAGUGGUGAAGGUUCCUGAGAUUUGGAGCAGAGAAAAUGGAAAGACUACAGAUGAGUGUCACCUAUUGGACUUUGAAUCGUCUGAUCGACCCUUGGUGGUCAACUUCGGCUCAGCCAGCUGACCCCCGUUCGUAAACCAGCUGCCGGUCUUCCGGAGGCUGGUGGAGAACUUCUCGGACGUGGCAGACUUCCUGCUGGUCUACAUUGACGAGGCUCACCCGUCUGACGGUUGGGCGGGGCCACCCAUGGAACUUUUCCCGUUCGAGGUGAGGAAACACCGCAACAUGGAGGAUCGUGUGGUGGCGGCGCAGCGGCUAGUCGAGCAUUUCUCUCUGCCGCCGCAGUGCCGGUUGGCAGCUGACUGCAUGGACAACAACACCAACAUGGCAUACGGCGUUGCCUACGAAAGGGUGUGCAUCGUUCAGAAGAAUAAAAUCACGUAUUUAGGGGGGAAGGGUCCAUUUUAUUACAACCUGAAAAAUGUACAGAACUGGCUCGAACGGAGCUACGGGAAGCGGUAACCUUUGAUGAAAGGUGGAAUAGUUCUUUUUUUAAUAAAGAACAAAUAAAGAAGGUGACACUUCUUCACCUCGACUGCCUUCAGUGGCAGCGUGAACUCUCUGGAAGUCAUCCGAAAUCUCUGAAGAUCAUCAACGAUCAUUAAUGAUCCACAUGUUUCCUGGGUGAAAUCCAGACCAUUCUUUUACAAACAACGAAGACUGAGACUAAACCAAGCAUUGCACUUCGACUUUUAUACUUUGCAAGCAUGUCUCUUGACAAAAAAAACCCUGUGUAUGCACUAUAAACACCUAUAAACACUAUCAAUAACCAAGCCAUUUGCAUUAAUAGUAGUAUUAUAGUGUGUAAUUCAUUUAAUGCUAAAUAAAAUUUGUCGCUUUGCAGAACCAAAGUUGCAGAAGAAAGCACAAGCUCACUGCUUUUAAUAUACGGAAAAAAUAUAAUUUAUUUUCUUUGUCGAUGCCGUUUGCUAUUUUAAAAAUGUUUACGUCCAGUUUUGUUUGUUUAUUGUUUUUUUUCCACUUUCGAAGUUGACAAUCGCUCUUAUUACUCGCAGUUUUAGCCACAUUAGCAGCUUCCGCAUGCCUGAUUUACGCUUUAGCGCAUCUGCCCCUGUGGAAGGAAGUCAGUAAUGAAGUCUAAACCCGGGCUAAAACCCAAAUAAGCUCAUUUGUUUGUCAGUUUGUCCCUAUUGCUCUAUACAGGACGCUUUACUCUAGGCGUUUUUAGAAAACAACACCUUCAACGUUCACCAAACCUUUGAAGAAGGUUUUUAUAUAUAUUUUGUGUAUUGAAAGAUAUUUUUGGAAAUACACACAGUUUCUGUGAAGGCCAUAGAUAUAUCAUGAACUUGUUUGUAGACAUUAUAACACACUCAUAAGGCUUUAUAUGAUUUGUUAUAAUAUCCAGGAUUUCCUGUUACAUGUGAGGAUGUUUUUUGUUGAUAAAAAUGUAUAUUUACGUAUAAAUGUUAUAGCGUGCCGCCAAUGUAUUUAUGGCCUUCAUAGAGAGUGUUACUGAUAUCUGAAUAUCAUUUUAUUUAUUUUUAAUACGUCAUUUUUUUUUUUUUUUGGUCUUCAAAAAGGCACUAAUUUAAAAAGGGAAUUUGUACGUAUUUUAAAUUUGUAAUGUUUUGGCAAAAGAAGAAAAGAGAAAAACGGUUCUAUAUUUGAUUCGAAUUUCCCUCAUGGUUUUUGCUUCAACAAUGCAUUUAUGAAAGUAAUUAUUUAUAUCCACACACGCGCACACGCACACACCCCUACAGAUGCUCAUUUGUGUCAAAGACAAAGCGGUGUGGGAAUGAAGGCCACUGACGAAAGGAUUCAGUGUUCCUGUCUGUGGCUGGAUGAAACAUCACACCUCUUUGUCCGGACCUGAAAUGAGCGUUCCUGUAGAUACGCCCAAAUCAGCUUUUCCUAUAUUUUGCUACACUUUGCAUUUUUUCCCCGACACAUGCUGUUCAACCGGCUGCUUUCUUGCAAAUAUACAAAAAAUAAAGCACAAACUUUCGCUCA